CAGGGAGCGGGGGUCGCCCGCGUAGUGCCUCUGCCCCUUCCGGACAGCGCCCCCCGCCCGAGAGGAGGCGCGGGGGCGAGGAUGAGCUCCGCGGGGGACGCCGGCGGCCAGUUCCCCUUGCACGGCUUGGUCUGGAACAACGACUUCCAGCAGCUGGAAAAGGUGCUGGAGAACCAGGACGUCGACCAGCGGGAUCCCCGUGGGCGCACACCGCUGCACCUGGCCGUGUCCCUGGGGUACAUCGAGGCCGCCCGGGUCCUCCUGCGGCACAAGGCGGAUGUCACACAGGAGAACGCACAGGGCUGGACGGUCCUGCACGAAGCCGUCAGCACGGGGGACCCUGAGAUGGUGCACAUGGUCCUGCAGCACCGGGAUUACCAGCAGACGUCCACCACCCUCGGAGGGGUGCCAGAACUACUCCAGAAAAUCAACGAGACUCCGGAUUUCUACUUGGAAAUGAAGUGGGAAUUCACCAGCUGGGUGCCGCUGGUCUCCCGGGUCUGUCCCAGCGACGUCUGCCGCAUCUGGAAGAGCGGCGCAAAGCUGCGCGUCGACAUCACCCUGCUGGGCUUCGAGAACAUGAGCUGGGAGCGAGGGAGGCGCAGCCUGAUCUUCAAGGGGGAAGGGACCGGGCACUGGGCCGAGCUGAUCGAGGUGAACCACGACGAGCGCGUGGUCGCCACCGAGCGCUUCGAGAUCACGCAGCAAAUCGAGCGCCUGACCCUGGACUCCAUGACCCCCAAGUCCAAGGAGGUGGAGCGGCGACUCACGUCCCCCACCAUCAGCACCUCCCUGGACACGAGAAGCAUCGCCUUCGAGAGGAACACUUCUGGCUUCUGGGUGUGGAGGACGGAGAGGAGCGAGGUGGUGAGCGAUUACGAGGCCAAGGUCUACACGGCCAACAACGUGCACGUCGUGACCAAGAUCAGGACGGAGCACCUGACCGAGGAGGAGAAGAGGAGGUACAAAGCCGACAGAAACCCCCUCGAGUCCUUCCUGGGAACCAUCGAGCACGAGUACGGCGCACAGCAGGACCUCACCACCGAGCACGCCACGACGAACAACCCCACGGCCAUCACGCCCGAGGAGUAUUUCGACCCCAGUUUUGACCUGAAGGACAGAGACAUCGGGAGGCCCAAGGAGGUCACCACUCGGACGCAGAAGUUUAAGGCCAACCUGUGGAUGUCGGAGGGCUUCCCGCUCUCCCUGGUGGAGCAGGUCAGCCCCAUCAUCGACCUGAUGGCCAGGACAAGCGCCCACUUCGCGCGGCUCAAGGACUUCAUCACCUUGGACUUCCCCCCCGGAUUCCCGGUUAAAAUUGAAAUCCCCUUGUUCCACAUCCUGAAUGCACGGAUCACCUUCGGGAACGUGAACAGCUGCAGCACGGUGGCAGAGGCCCCCCCGCAGGCUCCCGACGGGGCUCAGCGGCCUCCAGCCUCUGCGUUCGCCGUCGACCAGUCGGUUUUCGAGAUCCCCAGAUCCUACCGCGUUCAAGACGACGGCAGGAACGUGCGUGUCCAGGACGAGGACAACGAGAUCAUGCAGUUUGCCAUCCAGCAGAGCCUGAUGGAGUCUGGGCAGAACACCGAGGCCUUACGGCUGGGCUCCAACGGCUCCAUGUCUUACUCAGAGGAACUCAACCUUCAGUACCAAAGGGCAUUGCAGGAAAGCUUCCUCGAGAGCGCCUCCCCGCCGUGGGACCCCUCCGGCUUCGACCGGGACUUGCAGCUGGCGAUGGAGCUCUCCGCCCGGGAGCAGCAGGAGCUGGAGCGCCGGCGGGAGGAGGAGGAGGAGGCCGAGCUGCAGCGCGCGCUGCAGCGCUCCCUCCUGGAGAAGUAGCCGGGCGGCGACGCUUCCCUUCCAAAAGGACCCGUAAGCCCGGCCUCCCAAGGGCUCCCGGCUCGCUUGCCCGGGGCCGGCUGGAGACGUGGGCUGCCAGGACAGCCGCCACGGUGCCACGGCGGGGUGCCCGGAGCACCCCCGCCCUCCUGAGCGUCACACGCCAGGAUCGGGGCCCGCGUCCUGCCUUGCGCGCCCUGGGGGGCAAGGGAGCCCCCGUGAACUGGGGGCCGCGCGCCCCUUGUCUGCGAGUGCCUGCCCGCCGGACUGCGGCGGGGCCACCUCUUCGCCCACCAAAGAUCCAAGCAGCCCCCUUUGGGGACUGCGCGCCAGAGCUGGGGGGACACGGGGCCCCCGCACUAGCCCCCCCCCACUCUCAUCUCAGCCCCAGUUCCUUGCCGCACUGUAGCAGUUCCAAGCCAGCCCUCCUUACACUCCCCCAGGCAAAUGUUCUGACUCCAGCAGGUGCUUCUGAAGGGGCUGCGCAUAUUUUAAGUAAAUUGAAGGGGAACCCACCCGCUUCCUUCUGCGUUCCAUACAGGAAAUGGGGUGGGGAGUCUGCUGUGAGCAGCUUAUAUUGACCAAAAGGGAAAUAAAUCCAUAUUGUCUUUAUACAA